UGCACUACUCCACUCACUCAUCACGAAGCACCCUAGCCGAAUAGGCGCCUGUCCGGAUGGAGGGCGACCCUUUCACUUGAUUUUAUAUUUUUUGCGCCUUUAAUUUUGUUUGUGGCAUGCACGGUAUUUUGGAGUGUUCUGACUUAAAAUUUUUCCAACUAAAGGUUAUCAUUUUCAGCCAUGCGUUCGUUGGCGACGCCGUUCUGUUUAGUGUACACAGGCCAAUGAUGUGCUAUGGUGAUACAAGCUAAUACGACGUUAGCAGGGGGGGCUGAUUUGGGAGACACCUUUUGAACAACUCAGCCAAUGAAUCUACCGAUCUGUUAAUUUUCAACACGCCGGAACACCAGGGGGGAUGUCUAACCAAGGAGUUCGGAGGAAUGGCCCAGUAAAGCUGCGGUUGACAGUCCUCUGUGCAAAGAACCUGGCAAAGAAAGACUUCUUCCGGUUACCUGAUCCUUUUGCCAAAGUGGUGGUGGAUGGCUCCGGGCAGUGCCACUCUACUGAUACUGUGAGAAAUACAUUGGACCCAAAAUGGAAUCAGCAUUAUGAUCUGUAUAUUGGAAAGGCAGAUUCCAUCACUAUCAGUGUUUGGAACCACAAGAAGAUACACAAAAAGCAAGGAGCUGGUUUUCUCGGUUGCGUCCGCCUUCUCUCAAAUGCUAUCAACAGACUUAAAGACACCGGCUAUCAAAGACUGGACCUCAAUAAGCUUGGCCCAAACGAUAAUGAUACAGUCAGAGGGCAGAUCGUAGUAAGUCUUCAAUCAAGAGACCGCAUAGGUACCGGAGGACCAGUGGUGGAUUGCAGUCGUCUCUUUGACAACGACUUACCUGAUGGAUGGGAAGAGAGAAGAACAGCCUCUGGAAGAAUACAGUACCUGAACCACAUCACACGCACCACACAAUGGGAGAGACCUACCAGGCCAGCUUCAGAGUACUCCAGCCCAUCCGGGCGUCCUUUGAGCUGUGUGGUGGAUGAGAACACACCAGUGAUGACCCCUGUUAACGGGGCAGAGGCCAGCGGCCCACCCGGAGAACAGCGACUCCAAGAGAGACGGGUGCGAUCACAACGACACCGCAACUACAUGAGUCGAACGCACUUGCACACGCCUCCUGACCUGCCCGAGGGUUAUGAGCAACGAACAACUCAACAGGGUCAAGUGUACUUCCUGCACACACAGACUGGAGUCAGCACCUGGCACGACCCUCGCGUUCCCAGGGACUUGAGUAACGUGAACUGCGAGGAACUCGGCCCUCUGCCGCCAGGCUGGGAGAUUAGAAACACUGCGACCGGCCGCGUCUACUUUGUGGACCACAACAAUCGAACUACCCAGUUCACAGACCCGAGACUGUCUGCUAACCUGCAUCGGGUUCUCAACAGCCCCAGUCCAAAUGGAUCCCGUGUGGUCACAGACAGCCAAAACACUAACCACAGCCAUUCAGUUCAGAUGAAGGGCCAAGGAGGUUCCAGUGGCCCCCAGCAGACUCUCUCCCCAGCCCAGUUGCCGGAGGAGGCCGAGUGCUUGACGGUGCCCAAGUACAAGCGAGAUCUGGUGCAAAAGCUCAAGAUUCUACGUCAGGAACUCUCUCAGCAACAACCGCAAGCGGGCCACUGCCGCAUCGAGGUGUGUCGUGAGGAGAUCUUUGAGGAGUCGUACCGGCAGGUGAUGAAGAUGCGACCAAAGGAUUUGUGGAAAAGACUGAUGAUCAAAUUUAGAGGAGAAGAGGGACUCGACUACGGCGGGGUCGCAAGGGAAUGGUUGUACUUGUUGUCCCAUGAGAUGCUCAAUCCGUACUACGGCCUGUUCCAGUACUCCAGAGACGACAUCUACACUUUACAGAUCAACCCCGACUCGGCCGUCAACCCUGAGCACCUGUCGUAUUUCCACUUUGUGGGUCGCAUCAUGGGCAUGGCAGUGUUUCAUGGCCACUACAUCGACGGAGGCUUCACUCUGCCUUUUUACAAGCAACUGCUGGGAAAACCCAUCACACUGGAUGACAUGGAGUCUGUAGACCCCGACCUCCACAACAGUCUCGUUUGGAUCCUGGACAAUGACAUCACCGGCGUCCUGGACCACACCUUCUGCGUUGAGCACAAUGCUUAUGGAGAGAUCAUCCAGCAUGAGCUCAAACCUAACGGAAAGAGCAUCUCUGUCAGCGAGGAUACCAAAAAGGAGUACGUCAGGUUAUAUGUGAACUGGCGUUUCCUACACGGAAUCGAGGCUCAAUUUUUGGCACUGCAAAAAGGCUUCAAUGAGGUCAUCCCACAACAUCUGCUCAAGUCCUUUGACGAGAAAGAGCUCGAGCUGAUCGUGUGCGGCCUGGGAAAGAUCGACGUCUCCGACUGGAAGUCGAACACGCGUCUGAAGCACUGCACGCCUGACAGCAACAUCGUCAAGUGGUUCUGGAAGGCGGUCGAGUCCUUUGAUGAGGAGAGGAGGGCACGCCUCCUGCAGUUUGUCACCGGCUCCUCCAGGGUGCCCCUGCAGGGUUUCAAGGCGCUGCAAGGUGCUGCAGGGCCUCGACUUUUUACCAUUCAUCAGAUUGAUGCCAACGCCAACAAUUUGCCCAAAGCCCACACCUGCUUCAACCGUAUCGACAUUCCGCCCUAUGAGAGCUACGACAAACUAUACGACAAGCUGCUGACCGCCAUCGAGGAGACCUGCGGCUUUGCCGUGGAAUGAGUUUGUGGGUGUGUCAAUAUGCGACUGUUCCAAGGACUCAUCCAUGCAGCAUAACUGAGCAUCCCACAGUCUUCCUCUUUCUUUCACGCUGCUAUCCGCGUUCUUCCCAUAUCAUACAGAGCGCCUCUUCCUUCUGUUUUUCUUUACGUUGUAGCACGUUUGGGAGCGAGCAGGCGGACUUAGAGACCACCACCACGCUCCUGCCGUUCAUUUGAAUACUCCUUCUGGGUGUUUUUUUUUUUUUUUUUUUUUUUACGCAGAACGAGAGUUGGCGUUGCUCUGUGCACAUCACGCUCCUGCCACUUCUUGCCGCGACUUCUUCAGGUAGCCAAUUCUUGCCCAAGCUCUCCAUGUUCAUGAAAUCAGAUAUUGUAGUGGAGAGGCGCACUUUCAUCCUACCUCAGUCCAAACUUGUGUGUGUGUGUGCGCGUGUGUGUGUGUGUGUCUCUGUACGUGCAAGAGGGAUUCAGUUCAUUCUCAAGCCCCUCAUUGAAAAAAAGUCCACUUUCAAAAGCAGCCCUAAAAAGGUAAUAUAUUGUUGUAGGAUCUCGCUAUAAAUCUUGAUUUUCUUUUUUGUUCCUUUUUUUUUUUUUUUUUUUCUCGAUUCAAUCUUGUCAGUGCUGAGGAAACGGACUCUGGUGAAGAAGUUCUAUCUGUGUGUGCAUGUGUCUAUAUCCACGUUUGUAUGAAAAGCUAAGUGGGGCUCUAAGUUUUUCUUCUCACGAUACCUUACAGCGAGCGGAACUUCCAAGAAUUAAUUAGAAUUUCAAGUUGUGUUUUUUUUUUCCUAGGAGCCCAUUAGAGAAGAAAAAAAACAGUUAAUGGAGUGGUAACACAAAGAACUGUCAAUUUCAUAUUGUGGCACUUUUUACCCCCGUUUUGGAGGUUCCACUGCUGGUCUUUAAAGCCGCUCAAUAUAAAGUGUUGAGCCUAUUUUUUUUUUUUUUGAGGAUUUCAUUCAUCCAUCCCCAUUUUGCAUGGAUGUGUUCUUCACCCUGGCCACCGUGCGCGCUCACUGUGACAUGUUGCAAAGUGUGCACUGCUGCAGACAGACAAGAUGUUUAUUUUCACUCGUCACUGUCAAGCACUUUAGCAAGUGAGCAAUGAUGUCAGGAGUACUUCCGCCUCCCAACAUGAAAACAGGGUUUCCCAAACGAGAGACAAAUGAAAUCGUGUGUUCCUCCCUCACACCCCGAAACGCAUCAACCUUGACACCCCCAAAAAAAAGUAUUGUCCAAGAUGUGAUGUGCGUGAUUGCCUAUUGAUGAAAUCGCUUCCAGCAUUUUAAUUGCCUAAGUGGGGGAACCCCUGUUUUGAAAUGUAUCAUGUCUACUUUGCUAUACUAUAUGUUACACAUACAGACUAGAGAAACGCAUAUCUCUAUACAUGGAGUGUGUAUAUAUAUAUAUAUAUGUGUGUGUAUUUUAUAUAUACAUAUAUAUAUAUAUGUACAAAUAUAUUAUUUGUUUUUGUUUGUGUUCCGUGCAACUGCAGCAUGUCUGUUCCAGACCUCUUUGCAUUCUCAGGUGAACGUGUUUUGAGGUUGUUGUUUUUUUUUUUUUGUCAAUUGGAGCGUGGGUGGGAUGUACAUUAUUUUUUAAAUGAGGAUGGCUUGUCGCAAAAUAAGACACACCUGACUUUUAACAUACAUUCAUAGGAAUUUCGUUUGCUACCGGGGAUGUUUCCACUAGAGGGCAAAGUUUCAUGUUUUCUCAACAAGUCCGUUUUGCAUAGCCACAACUAUUUGUUUGGAUUUGUGAAUCCUUUUUCUUAUUUCUUUACUGGCUGCAACCAUGAAGAGCUUACAAAUUGUUCUAUGAACAUUUACCGAGGAUUUAAUUGAUGUUAUAUUUCACACAAGUAAAAAAAUGUAUAGCAAGUGUUAUUUGCAGAUGUCAUGUAUACAUCUUGGACACUACCCUUUAUGUACCAAAUACAAAAUGGACUGAUUUUGUAGACUGCAUCCGUAUAUGCACACGCACAUGUUUCCGCUUUGCCGCACAUAUGUUUGUCCAUAUCUCAUCUGUGUCGCUUUGCCAUAUUUCCUGGCUGACUCACUCAUGCAAACAAACACUUCGGCGGGGUUGGAAUUGUACCCAAUAAAACCAACCAUCUUUUUCAAUAAUUCUGCAUCCAAUUUUCCCAGGUUUUUGUAUUUAUUGUUACAGUAAAUGUUUUUUCUCCACAGCUGCUCUGUUCUGUGAGCUUGUAACUGACAAAUGGACAAUAAAGUAAAAAUAUUAAAAUGAUGGCAAGGGUGGGGAACAGGUAAUUCUUGUACAUCUGCAGAAAGCAAAGCAAUAAAACACUGCUGUCUGAAUGUCACAGCAAUAUGUUUUACAGA